GACUUGAAACAGCCUGUAGAGGAGUAAGGAGGAGAAGCGGAGCACAAAGAGAAAGUGAUCCGGAUCAGAACCACAGGGAAAGCGGCCGAGGCAGCCCGAUCCGACACAACCCAACCGAACCGCACGUCCUGCAAACUUGGCUGAACUUCCACAAACAAACCGGGGAGUGAAACCGGGGCAGGCUCCCAAACCGACCAGCGAGUCGCUCGGAAUCGUUCCGUCCAAAAUGAACCGGACAGAGUGGAGGUAAGCGGCACGAUCGCUGCUGGAACCCCGUAGGGUCGAACUGUUGUCCCGCUCCAGCCUGCGACUAUUGGGAAGCAACUGCAACAGUCGCGCACAGUCUGCCCGCUUGUCGCUCAGGCAAAGCUACUCCAUUGAUUUGGCUCUCAGAACAGCAGCCCCUUCUCUGCCUCAGCAAUGCAGGGAGUCACCAGAAGCUCCAAUCUGAUUGUGUGCCAUCUCUUUGCCCUGUGCCUCCUCAGCUUUGCCCAACUCCAUGGAGAAAAGGGCAUUUCUGUGCCAGAACAUGGCUUCUGCCAGCCCAUCUCUAUCCCCCUCUGCACAGACAUUGCUUACAAUCAGACCAUAAUGCCCAACCUGUUGGGUCACACUAACCAGGAGGAUGCUGGCCUGGAGGUGCACCAGUUCUAUCCGCUUGUCAAGGUCCAGUGUAGUUCUGAGCUGCGUUUCUUCCUCUGCUCCAUGUACGCCCCAGUAUGCACGGUGCUGGAGCAGGCCAUCCCCCCAUGCAGAUCCAUAUGUGAGAGGGCACGACAUGGCUGCGAGGCCCUAAUGAACAAGUUUGGCUUCCAGUGGCCUGAAAGACUACGGUGUGAGAACUUUCCACGUCAUGGAGCGGAGCAGAUUUGUGUUGGACAGAACCACUCUGAAGAUGGAGGUCCGACUCUGCUAACCACCAGUCCACCCCACCAUGGUACGCCUGGGCCACCCAUCUAUGCCACACUGGACCAUCCAUUUCAUUGUCCUCGAGUGCUGAAAGUCCCCUCUUACCUCAACUACAGGUUCUUGGGAGAGAAGGACUGCGCUGCUCCAUGUGAGCCUUCCAAGAAUGAUGGUUUCAUGUUUUUCAGUCAGGACGAGAUCCGCUUUGCCCGCGUUUGGAUUCUCAUCUGGUCUGUGCUGUGUUGUGCAUCCACCUUCUUCACCGUGACAACCUACUUGGUGGACAUGCAGAGGUUUCGCUAUCCCGAAAGGCCCAUCAUAUUCCUGUCUGGUUGCUACACCAUGGUGUCUGUGGCCUACAUUGCUGGGUUUGUGCUGGGCGACAAAGUGGUCUGCAAUGAAAAUUUUUCAGAGGACGGCUACAAAACUGUUGUACAGGGGACUAAGAAGGAAGGUUGCACUAUCCUCUUCAUGAUGCUUUAUUUUUUUAGUAUGGCCAGCUCAAUCUGGUGGGUCAUUCUCUCCUUGACUUGGUUUCUGGCUGCUGGUAUGAAGUGGGGGCAUGAGGCCAUAGAAGCCAACUCGCAGUACUUUCAUCUGGCAGCAUGGGCUGUACCUGCCGUGAAGACCAUCACUAUACUGGCAAUGGGUCAGAUAGAUGGAGACCUCCUGAGUGGGGUUUGCUUUGUGGGUCUAAAUAACAUUGACCCACUCAGAGGUUUUGUGUUGGCCCCACUUUUUGUCUACCUCUUCAUUGGAACCUCCUUUCUCUUAGCUGGCUUCGUAUCCCUCUUCAGGAUCAGAACCAUCAUGAAGCAUGAUGGCACCAAGACGGAGAAGUUGGAGAGGCUUAUGGUGCGUAUUGGGGUCUUCAGCGUCCUCUACACGGUUCCUGCCACUAUUGUUAUCGCAUGCUACUUCUACGAGCAGGCGUUUAGAGAGCACUGGGAGCGUAGCUGGGUCAGCCAGAAUUGCAAAAGCCUGGCCAUUCCCUGCCCCCUGCAGUAUACCCCACGCAUGACCCCAGAUUUUACUGUAUAUAUGAUCAAAUAUCUCAUGACCCUUAUUGUUGGCAUCACGUCAGGGUUCUGGAUCUGGUCAGGCAAGACUCUACACUCCUGGAGAAAGUUUUACACAAGGCUCACCAACAACAAACAUGGGGAGACCACAGUGUGAGGAAGGAGAUGGAUGGUUAGAGGACACCAGUCCUUUAUCACUGGACUACCACUGACUGUAAAUUCCUACAUGUAUUUUAUCUCUCUCCCAUAUUCCCGGGAUCCCAAGCAGUCUUUACAGUUAUCGGGUGAAAGGCCCUAUAGAAUACCAUCAUCAGGUACAUCCCUUUGGAUUUGUAAUAAAACAAACUGUAAAUAGUUUUUUGCCCCCAUAAAUGUAAUUAUAUAUUUCUAUUUAAAAUAUGGGGCAGAAAAUUGAGAAACAAUAGAAAAAUGUUUGCGGGGGCAAAUACUCAUUCACCCCCCCCCCCCUUUCAAGUAUUUUCUUGAUUCAGCAGUGCCUUCUGUGUAAAUGAAGUCCUAUAGCCUCCAGUCCUCGGCCUGUAUUUGCCCUUUAAUACUGCUCAGUUCGACGUUAACCCUGAAAAAAGUGUUAUUGGUACGAAUUUCCUCUUGAACUUGAAGGUUUCAUUUUGAAGACAACCAAAGAACUUGGGAGCCACUAAAGUUGCUUGUGAGACUUGAUGGCCUAACACAGACUUUUUUGGGGAGAAGGGUCCAUGGAAUUUUCUUUGCUCCCAGUUAUCCACAUUGUGAGAACAUACAUGGACUUAGCCAGUCCUUCAUUGCUGUGUGUUGCAAUGCAUGCUAUGAGAACUAAUACAUGGCUAGGGACAGACUUACAUAUGCAAUCUGGACAUUUUCUGAACACUGAAUUUAAGUAUUAGAGGGGAGGUACCUUAUUAACCCCUUUGUUUGCUGGAGAUCAACUUUCCCUAUCCCGGUGGGUCUUCGCUAAAGCCCGUCAUGUUGCCGCUCCACGGUUCCUCUUUGAAUAAUGAUAUGUUGACGUGUUUCUUUGUGUUUUUUUUUUCUAUGUGAUCUUAUUAUUAUUAUUAUUUUUGCCCCUUUGAAAUAAAAAUAUUUUUUGUUAAGAACAA